AUGCCUCCUCAAAAAAAAUUAAGAAAACAUUUGAAAAAGAUAUCAUCAAUAGGUGUUGCAAGUUGCAGAUUAAAAAAAAAAUAUAAUAAAGAUUUGCCUAAAUCUCAAGUUAUUGAAAUUUUGAAGUCUAUGAGCUCCAACGAACUCCAUGAAAUCAUCCAUGAAAUUAGCUCUAAUGAAUUUCAAGAAAUUUUCCAUUCAAAUGGAUCCCAAGAAAUUAUUUGUGAAAUGAAUUCUGAUGAACUACAGGAAACAAUCCAUGAAAUUAAUUUUGAUGAACCUCAAGAAACCAUCCAUGAAAUUAACUCUAAUGAAUUUCAAGAAAUUAUCCAUUCAAAUGUAUCUCAAGAAAUUAUUUGUGAAAUGAAUUCUGAUGAACUACAGGAAACAAUCCAUGAAAUUAAUUUUGAUGAACCUCAAGAAACCAUCCAUAAAAUUAAUACUCUUAUUCCACAAAAUAAAAUAGAAAAAAGGAGGAAUGAGCUUAUUGAGCAUGUAAAAAACUUGCCUGAGAGCCAGAUAAUCAAUGCUUAUACUCUGUUUUCCACAAUGACAUAUGAUAAAGGGAACCAUCGUGGAGAAAUAUAUUCAUCUUAUAUUCAAAAAAAGGCAAAAGAAUUUGUAAAUAGCAGCAUUUAUAAACAAUCUUCAUCAAUGUCAUCAAUACAAGAAAAAAUUAGUGAGAUGGAAACUAAAAUACAUAAAAUAGAAAAAGAAAAAGAAAAUACUGAUCUUCAAUUAAGAUCCCUUAAAAUGAAAGAGGUGAAAGCUAAAGAAACAAAAAAGAAUCAUGUCUCUAAAUUACAAACAUUUUAUGAAAAAGUCUUUAAAUUUUUAACUGGAUUUGACACUGUACUUCGAAUAGCUAAUGAAGAUGAAACUAAGUGCUUACCUUUGGGAAACCGUGCACAUGAGAUGCCAGACCAAGUUUUCAUUUGGAUAGAUGAACUUGAAAAAGCAGCAGAAAAUCCAGAAUUAAUUUUCAAAGAAGAGUUUGAGAAUGCUCAAUGGUAUGCUGUUGUCAUUUUUAUUUUCGCUUUCAUUCCACCCUGA